UUAAAGAAUAUCUAGGGAAUAUAAUACGUUUUUUAAACGACACAAGAACAUCAGAUUUUAAGAAUUUGAACGGAAUAUAAAUCAGUCAUCUAAGCACUAUGAACGGCAAAUGUUGCGGGCCAAGCACACCAAAACGUGUACGUCGUGCAGCAUUAAUCAUGAGUAGAGCACAUUUAGCCAUCAGUUACUGCUUCUGACAUAGGCGAAGCUUUUCCUAAUGUUAGGCGCUGAGCUCGAGUGCAACACAUUUUUGUCGACGGUUCUCGAUAACGACGUUCAAAUUGUGUUGCUAGCCAAUGUCCAACGCACGAUCAACGACUUAUUGGCAACAACCGUUGCGCUUGGAUACGAUAAAUUAAUGUUGUUACGAAUCUCGUAAAUUUUGUCACUUUUCGUUUUGCAGUCCAAGCACAACAACACUACAUUCGGCAAUCUGAAGUUAUAUUUACAAUAAGAUACAAUACUUUGGAAUUCUGACAUUUCUUACCCAAUAGUUUGUAAAAACUUAAGGAUGGAAUCCAAUCACGUAGAAUGCGCGGUAGAAAGCGAUUGUACUGUCCAUAACUAUUCCGCGGUCAACUAUUGGUUCCCUACUCUAGUGGUUUUGUUCCUCAGCGUCAGAGUUUUAUUUCGACCUGGUAACCAGCCGAAAUCUAUAAAUGAGGCUACUCUGCGAAGCAUAACCGCAGAAGCGAAGUAUGGAAUCAAAUUAAAAGAAAAAAGCCCAUGGUAUAUCACCGACGAAUACGAUAUCCCAGUAUUCGGAAGGAUUAUUUGUACCCUUAAGUCCAUAUGGUGGAGAUUGGCCACAAUGAUGUAUGGAACGGGCAAUAAUUCUUUAUGGUACCCAGGGAAAUAUGUGACGUGGGAUCCACUACUAAUGUUUUUAGAUUUAGUUCGGCAUUCUUUUAACAGACCGAAACCUUUAAAUGACAAAAGUCUGCAAAGUAUAUUUGCAGAAACAAAACUUGUAUUUAGAUCGGCUGCGAAGGGAAAAGCCACAUGGGUUGUCCCUGGCGUAUACAAUGUCUCGCUAAUCGAAGUAAUCAUUCGUACGAUCAUUUUCAUAUGGACGAUUUUGGAGGAAAUCAUGGCUGAUAUUAUGUAUGAACCCCCGAAAGACUUUUUGGGGAAUAUUCCAUAUCAUCCAUUGAAAAUUAGGCCAAAUGACAAAAUGAAUGGCACCCUCGGUACAAUUAGGAUCAAACAAUGAUAAUUGUUAUAGUUUAUGAAUUUCACGUGGCUUCAAAUAUUUAUUUUUCAUGUCGUCCACAGGCAUAUUUUUGUACAUUUUUUGUUAU